AUGUAUGAAGAUUUUAAUACAUUGCCUUUAAUAAAAUCUAUCAGAGAAGAUAGUAUAGAUAAUGUAUUGAAAUUUUUAGAAGCAAAUUAUAAAGAAUAUCAAGUAAAUGCAAAUGGAGAUUUUGAGAAAAAAAUUGAAAUAGUAGAUAAACAAACACAAUCAACACCCUUAUUUUAUGUAACUGCAAGAAAGAAUGAUGAUGAGUCAGUUGAACUAAGCAAAUUGCUUCUUGAAAAGUUUUCCAUAUGUAGUCCAACAGCUAAAGAUUUAAUGAAACAAACGUGCUUAUUUUAUGCAGCAAGGGAAGGACUUACAAAAUUAUGUAAUUAUUUAAUUGAAAAGGGUUGUAACCCUAAUGAUGCAGAUAAUUUUGGUCAGACAUGUUUAUUUUACGCAUCGAGAGAAGGGAAAACAGAAUGUGUAGAAACUUUAAUUAAAAAAGGAGCUAACCCGAAUUUAUUAGAUUUGAAUAAACAAACUUGUUUAUUUUAUGCAUGUAGAGAUGGAAGGUAUGAUACCGUUAAAUGUUUAUUAGACAAUGGUGUAAACCCAUCUAUAAAGGACGCUCAAAGGAGAACAGCCUUAACAUUUGCUAAGGGAAAUGGUCAUAAUAACAUUAUCCUUCUACUGAAAAACGCCGGAUCCAUAAGUAAAUCCUCCACUGAGGCUGCAGCGCAGUCCAGCAGCUUAAAAAAUGUGUUGGUCCACCAAGGAAGCAGUGUAGAAAACGAAAAUAAUAAUAGCGUAAAUACACAAGUGGCUCCCAACAACACUAUACUGCGAAAAAAGUAUAAGCUACAAUACAGACCGCUGGAAGAUGAAGAUCCUCACCUAUGGCUAGAUGCGCCAUUAAUAAAAAUACAAGAAUUUGAAAGAAAAUUUCCAGAUAUAGCAUUAUGGCCAAAGAAUAUAUCCAAUGCUAGUUCAGAAUUAAAUAACUUGAAUGAUCCUUUUAAUAAACAGUGGUAUAUGUUAGCUAACCAAAUAAUUCAAAGUUUAAGUAAAUAUGAAGGAGGUCAUAUUUUUGAAAAACUAGUUGAUGCAAAAAAACAAAAUUGUCCGGAUUAUUAUGAUGUAAUUAAAAACCCUAUGUCUUUUAGUUGUAUAAAGGCGAAAUUAAAAAAAGGUGUAUAUGCCUCCCCAACAGAAUUUGUUAAAGAUGUUCAAUUAGUUUUUGAUAAUUGUAGUUUAUAUAAUACUUCAAGUUCUCUAGUUGCAAUUACUGGAAAAAAUAUAGAAGCAUAUUUUAACAAUCAGUUAAUAGUCACAGGAUAUAAUAAUUUUGUUUUAAAGGAAAAGACAAUAAAUGAGCGUCUGCAAAAAGUUGAAGAAGAAAAUAUUAGAUGGAACGAGCAACAACAGCUGAAAGUUAAACAUGAGCAAUCAAAUGAAGAGAACAAGAGUGAGCAGCAUGUCAUUCCGAAUGCGUAG